AUGACUUUUCGUGUACCACCAGUUCAACCAAAGCCAUCACCACACAGACGGCGUCUUUUACAGCUGUCAAAGUCACUGGAACAGCAAGACAUCAACGAGCUGCUCUAUCUCUCCGAAGACUUUAUUCCCCAGAUGGAAGCAAUGGGCAUAAAGUGUGGAGUUGACCUCAUGAGAAGCCUUGAGAAGCACGGUCGGUUGGGCCCUGGACAAUACGAAUACUUGGUCAGUUGCCUCAUUGAAAUCGGGAGGAUUGACUUGGCCCAGAAACUCGAACCAGCAACUUCUAGUUUUGGCAUGGAAGGCCAGCUACAUCUGCCCCCAGCCAUCCACUGGAAGCACAAGUCCAUCCAGGACAAGAAGAUGCAGUUCCUGAAGGGGAAGGGAGAGCUGCAUCAGCUGUUGCGGAACCCGACGUUCUUGGAAGCGUGGGUGAACGACACUCUCAGGCAGCUCUCAACCCAGCUCGAGUACACGGAUACUGAAUGGCAGCAGUCCACCCCCAGGGCCCACAACACAAACCAGACCCUCAAAGCUGCCGGGAAACUGAUCUUCGGCACAUUACAACAGUCCGGGUUCUUCAUUGCUGAACUGGAGCAACACCACGAAGGAUUGCCCCUAUCGGCCAACAUGCAGCUUCUUGAAAGACUAGAGGAGGAUCUUUCAACGGCACUCGGCAUAUCGCCACUGCGCUGUGCAGCACCGUCAACCCAAAUCGAGUCUAUACAGCGAUUUAAGGACAAGCACCCUUUGUCCGUGGUGGCAACAAAGCUUUUCGCCUCGCUGUCGGACCUACUCAAGGAGCUGUACGGGGAAACAGAGGCAAAGAAGCAACUCAAAGACUUGGAGGAGUCCGUAGGGGCAUUCAAGUCCCUUCUCCACACAAACGCACAUCUCUGCUUUGGCUUUCUGUCACUUGUACACCUAACUGACACUGUGGCUUCAUCCGGUGCCAAGGUGCUGGAUCAAGAAGCUAAGGAGAUCAUCGCAUCCCUCGUCCAAGGCUUUCCGACUGGAGCCAUUUUAACAGUUAGUAAACUCACUCUAGCUGCGCUCGAGGGUACCAGUGUUCUCAAAGCACUACGAGAGGACAAGGAAAUGGAGGUACUGUUUAGUGCAGACCCGCCAACCAUACCCUGCCCAUGCAAGGCAAACAAGUCACUUCGAUUCGGUCUGCUCACAGUCCUACUCACACUGUACAAGUCAGCGAACCUCACGCGGUGUGAAUGGAAGUCGAUCCAGUCACAGAUCAUGCAACAGUUUCGGAUGAACCUCUCAGAACCCACUUAUAACCCCUUUCUAGAGAUCGAUACCAUCGUAAUGAACUCGCUCGAUCGCCUCUUUAAACACUUUUCCUCGUCGACUCUCCCCACACUCAGUGAUAUGUCAGACCAACUCAAGCAUUUCAGUUUUUCGUUACCAUGA